CGACUCCUUCUCCGGCAGUGGGAAGAUGGCGGACUCAGAUCGUGUAGGUUUUCCCAUUGCCGGCACUGUACUAGCUGUCUCAAAAGAAAAUGGCGAGCCCCUUUCUAAAAGGCAGCGCCUGGAAGAUACCGGCGGCGGUGGUGGGCAGCUUGUAGGCGCUGAAAGCGAGGGGAAGGCGGCAUUGCCGCCCGUAGCUACUUCUUUGCAGGAGGAAGGCGAGGCCUCUUCGGCAAUGGAAAGCAAAUCGAGAGCGCACAAUGGCUCGGGCUUUCAGGGCCUUCCCUUGGAGAAGCGGCAGCUGGGAACAUAUUUGGUGCAAGGCCAGGAGGAGGGAGGAGCCGAGGAGUUACCCAAUGGAGACCUGUCGGAUCAGGCUAUUGAUUACGGAGGGAGUAUCCAUCUGGAUGAUGAUCUUGCUGGUGGCUUUCAUUCUUGUGACAGUGAUGAUGAUGAUGAUGGCGCAUCUCAUGCCAGCUCAAGUGAUUGGGCCCCCAGGCCUUGCAUAGGGCCUUAUACAUUUGUACAAAGGCACUUAAUGAUGGGAACGGAUCCCCGGACAAUUCUUAAGGAUUUACUCCCUGACACUGUAGCACCAUCAGAGUUAGAUGAUAUGACUUUAUGGCAAAUUGUUAUAAACAUCCUUUCUGACCCACCAAAACGAAAGAAGCGCAAAGACAUCAACACUAUUGAUGAUGCUGUGAAACUUUUGCAAGAGAGCAAGAAAAUAAUUGUUUUAACUGGAGCAGGGGUUUCAGUGUCUUGUGGAAUACCAGAUUUUAGAUCAAGAGAUGGCAUUUAUGCACGUCUUGCAGUGGAUUUUCCAGACCUUCCAAAUCCUCAAGCCAUGUUUGAUAUUGAAUACUUCAGGAAAGAUCCAAGGCCGUUUUUUAAAUUUGCUAAAGAGAUCUUUCCUGGCCAGUUCCAGCCAUCGUUGUGUCACAGAUUCAUAGCUAUGUUGGAUAAAGAGGGAAAGCUUCUUAGAAACUAUACUCAGAAUAUAGACACACUUGAACAAGUUGCAGGAAUUGAAAAGAUUAUCCAGUGUCAUGGAUCAUUUGCUGAAGCAUCUUGUCUUGUAUGUAAAUACAAGGUUGACUGUGAAGCUGUUAGGGAGGACAUAUUUAAUCAGAUAGUUCCAAGGUGCCCACAGUGUUCACCUGAUGAGCCCCUUGCCAUCAUGAAACCGGACAUUGUAUUUUUCGGGGAAAACUUGCCAGAACAGUUUCACAGAGCCAUGAAAUAUGACAAAAACGAGGUUGAUCUUCUUAUCGUUAUUGGAUCUUCCCUGAAAGUCAGACCAGUAGCAUUAAUACCAAGUUCUAUCCCACAUGAAGUGCCUCAGAUACUAAUUAAUAGGGAACCAUUGCCUCAUCUACACUUCGAUAUAGAACUGCUUGGAGAUUGUGAUGUAAUUAUAAAUGAGUUAUGUCAAAGACUGGAUGGGAAAUACUCUCAGCUUUGUACUAAUUUCUUAAAACUUUCACAAAUCACGGAAAUGCCUCCUCGAAUACACAAAGGUUUCCUUACUUCCCCAGAGACCAUCCCAUCUACAGACUUAAACACAGGGCAAAGUGUGGAACUAAAAAGGGAGCUGCAUGAAACUGACUUACGAAGUGCUUCGAAUACAGCAUGCUCAUUGGAGAAACCUAAGGAAGCUUCUAAGCUUCCACACAGUUGUACUGAUGAAAAUCUAGAAGUGUUUAAGGAAGUUAACACACAAAGUCUCAAAGGUGCAUCCCAGACUGAAACACAGCCCAGCAAUGAGAAAGAUCAAGAAACAACUGAUAAAGAUACUGACAUUGAUUCAACCAAGGAUUUGGAAAAUAAAUAUACAAAAGAACAGAUCAGUAAGCGCCUAGAUAGCACACAGUUUUUGUUUUUAGCACCAAAUCGCUAUAUUUUUCAUGGUGCAGAAGUGUUUUCGGAUUCCGAGGAAGAACUGACAUCUAGUUCCUGUGGAACAAAUAGUGACAGUGAAUCUUUACUUAGUCCAAGCCUGCAUGAACCCAUUGAAGAAGAAAGUGAAACUGAAGAAUGCUUCCACGCUAAAUAUGAAAAUGAGACUGAUACAGAUAAUAGGGCAGAUUUAGAGAAAGAACCCGAGAGGGUUGUACUGUAUGAAAGUGAUGAUCUCCUAGGUAAUGGUACUACAAUGAAUUUAUAGUAUUACCAAUGCCUUCAAUCCCACCGACCACCAGCAUUAAGACUUCCAAACUGGACAUAGUUGCAUGCCAGUUUGUGGGCUCAAUACAGCAUGCAUUGCAAGUAUGUUAUUAAAAAAUCAAUAAACCCACUUGGCAUUUUUUUUUUUUAUUUCUUUUUACGGAAAUGUCUAUUUACACUAAAACCUGGUGUAAUUAUUUUUGUACACACUCAUCUUGUGCUUUCCGUAUUCUUUUCAUUGUUUUGGUAAGCAGAAAUAUACUGGUUAAUUAAUUUAUAAAAACUUUUAUUUUUUUUAAAAGUGAAAUAUUCUCAAACAAGAGAAAAUUGGUUUGUCUUAAAUGAGCAGCUACCAUAGGCCAAAGACAGUUUAUUUUUUUAAUAUAUAUAUAUAUAUAUAUAUAUAUAUAUAUAUAUAUAUAUAUAUAUAUAUAUAUAUAUAUAUAUAUAUAUAUAUAUAUAUAUAAUUUUUCUUUUUUUUCCCAUUUACAUUUUCUACUCAUCUUCUGUUAUGCUCUUAUUACACUAGCUAUUUCUGAGGGGGUUUUUUCUACACUUAAUGUAAUUAUAAUUGAAAAAACUUUCCAUGAAACAAGUUUCAUAUAUUUCUGCCUUUUUAAUAGACUGAUAUAUUUAGACUGGGAUGACAGCAGUAAAACAAGGAAAAUACUAUUCUGUAUAAAUGUUUAUUUCUUCAUUAUUGUGAUGCAGAGUUUGUUAUACAAGAGAUAAUGAAAUGCCGAACGUUUUGCUGUAGAGACAAUGUAAGUAAUUUAUUUUCUUUAGGUUUAGAUUGUCUUUGCGGAUGGAAACCUUUGUCACUGUGGUAGAAUUUGUACGGAAGAUUCAUUUCAAUAAAAAUUCUAUCAUUCUCUUAAUAUGCAAUCUUCUUGUAGUAUGUAAUGUUAGUAUUUUUAAUUGUCUGCAGUCAGUAUUUAUACAAUUCAAUAUUCUUGUACAGUUUUAACGAUGAAGGCUUUUUCUUCACUAAUCUUUCAUUCUUUUAAAGUAAAUAAAAUGUCUGAUUAGUA